AUGUCUGGGCGUGGUAAGCAGGGAGGCAAAGCUCGCGCCAAGGCCAAGACCCGCUCUUCUCGGGCCGGCCUUCAGUUUCCCGUAGGCCGAGUGCACCGCCUGCUCCGCAAGGGCAACUAUGCCGAACGGGUCGGGGCUGGAGCGCCGGUGUAUCUGGCGGCGGUGCUGGAGUACCUGACCGCUGAGAUCCUGGAGCUGGCUGGCAACGCGGCCCGCGACAACAAGAAGACUCGCAUCAUCCCGCGUCACCUCCAACUAGCCAUCCGCAACGAUGAGGAGCUCAACAAGCUUCUGGGCAAAGUGACCAUCGCACAGGGUGGCGUCCUGCCCAACAUCCAGGCCGUGCUGCUGCCAAAGAAAACUGCGGCCAAGUCUGCUCCCGCCCCGAAGAAGGGCUCUAAGAAGGCAGUGACAAAGGCCCAGAAGAAGGACAGCAAGAAGCGUAAGCGCAGCCGCAAGGAGAGCUACUCCGUGUACGUGUACAAGGUGCUGAAGCAGGUCCACCCCGACACCGGCAUCUCUUCUAAGGCCAUGGGAAUCAUGAAUUCCUUCGUCAACGACAUCUUCGAGCGCAUCGCAAGCGAGGCUUCCCGCCUGGCGCACUACAACAAGCGCUCGACCAUCACCUCUAGGGAGAUCCAGACCGCCGUGCGCCUGCUGCUUCCGGGGGAGCUGGCCAAGCACGCGGUGUCGGAGGGCACCAAGGCCGUCACCAAGUACACCAGCUCCAAGUAA